CUUCCCCCCGCCCUGCUCCUCCUCCCCUGCCGCCUCCUCCCCUGCCUCCUCCUCCGCGGCAGCCUUUAUCUUUGCCUCGGCCACUUCCCUCUUCAGCCUUUGCCUCCUCGGUACGCAGCGGACACCCGGCCCGACGCGCCCCCAGCUCUUUACUGGUCGAGAAAACGACGCCAAGAGGUGAUAAUGAACGUGGAUCAUGAAGUUAACCUCUUAGUGGAGGAAAUUCAUCGCCUGGGUUCAAAAAAUGCCGAUGGAAAGUUAAGCGUGAAAUUUGGGGUCCUUUUUCGAGAUGACAAAUGUGCCAACCUCUUUGAAGCAUUGGUAGGAACCCUCAAAGCUGCCAAACGAAGGAAGAUUGUUACGUACCCCGGAGAGCUACUUUUACAAGGUGUUCAUGACGAUGUUGACAUUAUAUUGCUGCAAGAUUAAUAUGGUUUGCACAUCUUUGUGUGUUACUGUUUUUGUUUUCUGAUAAACUGGAAUGUUAAGUCAAAGAACAAACAUGAACUUAAUGUAUUUUUAUAAAACUUUGUAAACAAAAGGGGUCUCGAAUUUUAGAAGUCUUCCCUUUUUUAUAUCUCAAAAGAAACUGUAUGUAUUACAGUGAAAAAUAAGCAAAACCUAUUAUUUUUUCUCAGGACUCUGGUUGGGAAAUGUAGGCAAUGAGGCCUUUUUUUUUGAGGGGUUAGGGGAAUGUUUGUUUCAUAAAGCAUUCUUAGACAAUUUCUAUAGAUAUUUUAUUUAACAUUUUGUCAAAACAGCAAGUGGAUGACCAACUCCCACAUGAAAUGUUGUAAUUUUGUGUAAUAAAAACAUGUAACUGUCUUAAGAUCAA